AUGCUCUGCCACCGCGCCCUUGUCAUUCUCAUCGCUGUCAACGUGCCAAUCGUGACGGGGCUAGAGCCAGACUUCGCUUACCCGCUGGAGAACGUAACGAUCCCGCAAGGUCGAGACGCUACCUUCACCUGCGUGGUGAACAACCUCGGUGGAUACCGGGUGAGUCCUUCCUCCUCCGCGAGCGGAGAUCACUCUGGCAGCGUCAAGGGUAACGCCCGGGUGGCGUGGAUUAAAGCAGACACCAAGGCGAUCCUAGCGAUUCAUGAGCACGUGAUCACGAACAACGCCCGUCUGUCGGUGACCCACAGCGACUACAACACGUGGACGUUGAAUAUUCGCAGUGCACGCCGGGAAGAUCGCGGGAUUUAUAUGUGCCAGGUCAACACGGAUCCCAUGAAGAGCCAGAGCGCGUUUUUGGAGGUGGUAAUACCGCCAGACAUCAUCUCAGAGGAAACCUCGAACGACAUGAUGGUUCCCGAGGGAGGUGCCGCGAAGCUGGUGUGCAAAGCGCGCGGUUAUCCCAAACCUGACAUCGUGUGGAAGCGAGAAGACGGCACCGAAAUCAUUUCACGUGCCGGUCCUGGCAAGACAAAAAUACCCAGUGCAGAGGGCGAAGUGCUGACUUUGUCGAAAGUAACGAGGGGUGAGAUGGGCGCCUACCUGUGCAUCGCUAGCAAUGGAGUGCCUCCGUCAGUCAGCAAACGAAUGAUGCUGCACGUGCAUUUUCACCCGAUGGUCCAGGUACCGAACCAGCUGGUCGGAGCUCCGAUCGGAACUAACGUCACGUUGGUCUGCCAUGUGGAAGCGUCACCUAAAGCCAUUAAUUAUUGGACUCGAGAAAGUGACGAAAUGAUAAUCACUAACAGCAAGUAUGCCAUGUCCGAGGUGAAGACGUCAGUGUACAGUGUGCAGAUGCGACUGGUUAUCAUGAACCUGCAGAAACACGAUCUGGGUGGUUACAAGUGCAUCUCGAAAAACUCCAUUGGCGACGCUGAGGGGAACAUCCGGCUUUAUGACAUGGAGUUACCUAAACAUUCCAAAAAGGGCAGCGACCGGCGAUCAGAGGAUGACGCGGGCGACUCGAUUGGUGAUCGCGAUCACAGAUUGAACCACGCGCAUCAAGGAUCCCUGAGGGAAACAGGAUCGACCCUGGAGCCAGCCUUCGACGCGGACGACAAUUCAGCGUCUACAACGUCGAGAGACAACGCGCCGCCGGCGACGAUCGGCAUCGUCCUGAUCAUGCUGCACCACUUGGUCGCUUCGACGUAA